GAGGCCAGCCAAGGGCCCAACGUGAGAAACUACCUCUCAGCCCCACUGUCCCUCUGUUGUGGCUUCUCCAGGAGCAGGCCUGCUGAGCCCUUGGGAAAGACAGGAGCAGAUUCCCGAUGCCUCACCCACCUGUGAUCCCAAUUGGGGGUGGCUGAGUGUGCUGGCUGGAGGCCCCUCUCCCUGCCUCAGGGACCCUGGAGACCUGGAGGAUGGAGGGGGCAAGUAAGGAGAAGCUGGCCUCUGUGUCCAAUCUGGUGACUGUGUUUGAGAACAGCAGGAUACCGGGAGAAGUCCCUGGAGCCCACGUGCCGGAGGCCACGCAUCACAGCCCUGGGUGCAGGCCUCCCUCUCCUGCAGGACCAUGGGAGAGUCCCAGUGUCGGGGAGGCCCUGGGGUCCGGACCCAGGACGGUCAGCAGGAGGUACCUGAGCUCCCUGAAGAACAAGCUGUCCAGCGGAGCCUGGAGGAAAUCUUGCCAGCCCGGGACCCACCCCGGGCCAGGGAUACAGGAGCCUGAGGAGAAGAGGAUCGUCCAGGAGCUGCUGGAGACAGAGCAGGCCUACGUGGCACGCCUCCACCUGCUAGACCAGGUGUUCUUCCAGGAGUUGUUGAAGGAGGCGCGAAGCAGCAAGGCUUUCCCCGAGGAUGUGGUCAGGCUCAUCUUCUCCAACAUCUCUUCCAUCUACCAGUUCCAUGCACAGUUCUUCCUCCCAGAGCUGCAGCGGCGGCUGGAUGACUGGUCAGCCACCCCCCGCAUUGGUGAUGUGAUCCAGAAACUGGCCCCCUUCCUGAAGAUGUAUAGUGAGUAUGUCAAGAACUUUGAGCGAGCUGUUGAGCUGCUGGCCACCUGGACUGAAAAGUCUCCCCAAUUCCAGGAAGUGCUCACCCGCAUUCAGAGCAGCGAGGCCUCGGGCAGCCUGACCCUGCAGCACCACAUGCUGGAACCUGUGCAGAGAAUCCCACGCUAUGAGCUGCUGCUCAAGGAUUACGUCCGGAAGCUGCCAGCCCAGGCCCCAGACCGGGCUGAUGCCCAGAAAGCCCUGGACAUGAUCUUCUCAGCCGCGCAGCACUCCAACGCAGCCAUCACUGAGAUGGAGCGGCUGCAGGAGCUGUGGGAGGUGUACCAGCGCCUGGGCCUGGAAGACUACAUCGUAGACCCCUCCAACACCCUCCUCCGCGAGGGCCCGGUCCUCAAGAUCUCUUUCCGCCGCAGCGACCCCAUAGAACGCUACCUUUUCUUGUUCAACAACAUGCUGCUCUACUGUGUGCCCAGGGUCAUCCAGGUGGGCGCCCACUUCCAGGUGAGGACCCGCAUCGACGUGGCUGGGAUGAAGUUGCAGUCCGAGGAGCUGGGCCUCCGGGCCCCGCAGUGGGUCCGGGACAAGAUGGUGACCAUGUGCAUGCGCUGCCAGGAGCCCUUCAACGCCCUGACGCGCCGUCGCCACCACUGCCGGGCCUGCGGCUAUGUGGUGUGUGCCAGGUGCUCUGACUACCGGGCUGAACUCAAGUAUGAUGACAACAGGCCCAACCGAGUCUGCUUUGACUGCUACACAUUCCUCACCGGAAAUGUGCUCCCUGAGGACAAGAGGCGGGGCAUCCUGGAGAAAGGGUCCCCGGCGGGAUCCGAGCAGAGCCUAAUGUGCAGCUUCCUGCAGCUCGUCGGGGACAAAUGGGGCAAGAGCGGCUCCCGGGGCUGGUGUGUGAUCCCCCGGGACGACCCCCUCGUGCUCUAUGUCUACGCUGCCCCUCAGGAUAUUCGGGCUCACACCUCCAUCCCCCUGCUGGGCUACCAGGUGACCACAGGGCCCCAGGGGGACCCCCGGGUCUUCCAGCUGCAACAGUCAGGCCAGCUCUACACCUUCAAAGCCGAAACUGAGGAGGUGAGGGGCCGCUGGAUGAAAGCUAUGGAGCGGGCGGCCAGCGGCUGGAACCCCGAGGAACCCAAUGACGGGGAUCUGUCUGACUGAGCCACAACCAGCCGCUCUCCCCCUCAGAGCCUGGCUCCUGCAGCUCCGUGACCCUCCACUCCAAGCUGAGUUUUAAAUAAUCGGUUUCUAGUCAACUGACCCAGACCAUGUGUCCUGAUUUGGGAUUAAGAAAACAUAGGUCCAUUCCUUUGGGAAGGGAUGGAAGGGUGACCAAACUCCUGGUUUGCCCAGCGCGGAGGGGGUUCCUGGGACAUGGGACUUUCAGUGGUAAAACCAGCAAAGUCCCAGGUUACCCAGGACUGUUGAUCACCAGUGUGGUUCUCAGCUUGGGCUGCACAUUAGUAUCACCAGAGAUAUUUAAAAAACACCCAUGGAAAAAUAUAAAAAUAAACUAAAAAUUAAAAAACCAAAACAAAAAA